GCACAUCAUUCUGAAGUCUGAACGAUGGACAGAGAGAAAGGCUUGAGGUGUUGGCACCCGUUGCUGGUUACCCUGCUUCUACUAUACGGACUUACGAAUCUACCGUACGGACUAUCGAAGUCUCGAGAGCACCCCCAGUUCUGCGUUCCGUCUCGGUGCGGCAACAUCACAAACAUCGGACGUCCAUUUCGACUACCAGAUGACCCGCCUAACUGCGGCGAUCGGAUCUACGAGCUAGUCUGUGAUGACAACGUCACUUACCUUAGUUUACCUGAUGGAAAAUACCGGGUGCUGGGAAUAAACUACGACAACUACACAAUCCGACUCUUAGAUGAAGGCAUUCAGGAGGGUACUACCUCCUCCCUCCCUCUCUAUCCCUUAUCCAUAUCCAAUUUCCACUCUUUCGUGUCUCCUCACGGGUCUUAUGAAGAUAGCAGUAAUCCCUAUAGCGCUAAAACCCUAAACAGCAACAGAACUGAAUCGAUAAUAAUCAAGAAGGUGGGGUACCUGAACUGUAGCGAUGCAGUGAGGGACGACGCAGCGUACGUGGAUACGGCUCUGUGCGUGAAUUGGCAAGGAGGCCAUCUUUAUGCUGUGGCUGGAGACUUGCUGGCUCCCCAGUUUAAACCUCAGUGUCGUCUGAUAUCGGUGACUUUCAUUGCCUCAGAUUGGGAGUCAUUGGUGCCUGGUAGAAAUAAGUCCUGUGCUAAUAUUCACAAGGUGCUUUCCUAUGGAUUUGAGCUUUCAUGGUUGCCACGAGCCUGUGCUGAUCUUCGUUGUCCAAAUGGCACCACAUGCUAUUUCAGCCCUGAAAUUAAACGUCUGCAAUGUCUACCUCGGCCAAAUAAUCGGGAAUGCAUUACCCCCUUCGGAAUAUCUUCCAAUUGCCGGGUGUCAAAGUUGCGCAUAGUUGCGGAAGAUUUCAUCAACGGAAUUGCAACAGGACUAAAAGAGAUGGUGGGGAAGACAUUAACUGGUAAUUACCAUAGUGACUACAUUACCAGCCAAUCAACUGUUGCAAGAAAAUUAGGAAUGGUCAUUGGAACAGCUGUUUUGCCAACCACCACAGUCAGAUUUUUAUGGGGCAUCAUGUUCCUAUCAGUGUUGUGUAUAUAUAAAUGCCGCAGAAGGCCCUUAUCAAUGUAUGAAAACAUUGAAGAUUUCAUACGACUUCAGAACCUCAAUCCACUAAGGUACUCCUAUAAGGAUCUGGAGACAAUGACCAGUGGUUUCAAGAAUAAGUUAGGUGAAGGAGGAUUCGGCACUGUAUACAAAGGGAAGUUAAGGAGUGGAUAUGAUGUUGCUGUCAAAAUGCUGGGUAAAUCCAAAGCCAAUGGCCAAGAAUUUAUCAGUGAGGUGGCAACCAUUGGGAGGAUUCACCAUGCUAAUGUGGUACGCCUUGUUGGGUUUUGUGUCCAACGGACAAAGCGUGCUCUUGUUUAUGAGUUCAUGCCCAACGGAUCACUAGAUAAAUAUAUCUUUUCUAAAGAAGAAGGUAUCUCUUUGACUCUUCAAAAAUUACACGAGAUAUCUUUAGGAAUAGCUCAUGGAAUUGCUUAUCUUCAUCAUGGUUGUGACGUGCAAAUAUUGCAUUUUGAUAUCAAGCCUCACAACAUUCUACUUGAUGACGAUUUCAAUCCAAAGAUUUCAGAUUUUGGACUCGCACGAUUAUAUUCUUCUGAUGAUAGUGUUGCCACUUUGACUGCAGCAAGAGGGACCAUAGGAUACAUGGCUCCAGAAUUGUUCUAUAAGAAUAUUGGGAGAGUGUCCUAUAAGUCAGAUAUUUAUAGCUUUGGAAUGCUUUUAAUGGAAAUGGCUAGUCAAAGGAGGAAUUUGAAUCCACAUGUUGAAUAUUCAAGCCAGCUUUACUUUCCUCUAUGGAUUUAUGACCAAUUUGACGAAGAAAAAGAUAUAGAAAUGAAAGAUUUGACUGAAGAGGAGAAAAACCUAGCAAAAAAAAUGUUCAUAGUGGCAUUAUGGUGUAUACAAUUAAAUCCAACAGAUCGCCCUUCAAUGAAUAAAGUAAUAAAAAUGCUAGAAGCAGAUGAUGCCAAAAGCCUUGAAAUGCCGCCAAAACCUUCUUUAUAUCCUAAUGAAGAAGUUUUGGUGAAUGAUGAAACCUCCUCUAGCCUGGCAGCAUCAGCCAUCUCUAGACAUUCUAAUAGUAGUCAAGAUGAGGGUGCAAGCGAUGGGAAAUGAAACGUUGCAGAUGAAAAAGGAGCUCAAAUCCGGUUAUGUUUUGAACUCCAACAUAUCACUUUUUAUUUGCUAACAACACUUAGUU